GAGGAGGUGUCCCAGCUGCGAUCAAGCGGCGGCGGCCCGGGGCUGUGGGGCGGGGUCCCGGGUUCGAGCCAGAGUUCCCGCUAAAGGGUGAGUCUAGAUCGGGGCACGUGGGGGCGCGCCCAGGAGAUCUUCAGGAAUGACGCGGCCGGCGGGAGAUCGGAGACUGACUACCCUGGGCAGGAGGUGGGUAGAAGCACCCACACUGCCUUAAGACUGGUCUGUACCCGGGUAAAUACAAGGGAAAAAUCCUGUAGUAAUUACAUCACAACACAAAGACAGACAGCAGGAUGAGAAACAAGGAACAAUGGAUCCACAAAACAACCAAAAUGGCAAUAAUGGGGAAACUGAGGCCCAGCAUGGCUCCAUGACUUGCCUAAGUUGACACAGGAUUCAUCCCCAGGUCGGUCUGACCACACCUGUCUGCCUGGUUCUUUUGGAAAGGCAAGCCAGCAGUCAAGAACAUGCCUCUGUGCCAUUGGGGAGCCACCACCCGGGGCCAAAAGCCUGAUGGGGAUGGAGCCCAGCCCACAGCCACCACAGGAGGCCUGAAGGUGCUUCUCCACUGGGCUGGUCCUGGUGGUGGGGAGCCCUGGGUCACCUUCAGUGAGGUCACACUGACUGCAGAGGAGGUCUGCAUCCACAUCGCACACAGAGUUGGCAUCAGUCCACUCUGCCUCAAUCUCUUUGCCCUCUUCGAUGCCCAGGCCCAAGUCUGGCUGCCUCCAAACCACAUCUUGGAUAUCUCUGGAGACUCGAGCCUGACGCUGCACUUUCGCAUGAGGUUUUAUUUCCGGAACUGGCAUGGCAUGAAUCCUCAGGAGCCAGCUGUGUACCGCUGCGGGCCCCCCGGGACCGAGACCUCCUCAGAACAGGCAGAGCCGGGGGUACAACUCCUGGACCCAGCCUCCUUUGAGUACCUCUUUGAGCAGGGCAAGCAUGAGUUUGUAAAUGAUGUGGCAUCGCUGUGGGAGCUGUCAAGUGAGGAGGAGAUCCACCACUUUCAAAACGAGAGCCUGGGCAUGGCCUUCCUGCACCUCUGCCAGCUCGCCCUCCGCCACGGUGUCCCCCUUGAGAAGGUGGCCAAGAAGAUCAGCUUCAAGGACUGCAUCCCGCGCUCCUUCCGCUGGCAGAUCCGGCAGCACAACGCUUUGACGAGGCUGCGCCUGCGGAGCAUCUUCCGCAAGUUCCUGCGGGCCUUCCAGCCGGGCUGCCUCUCGCAGCAGGUCGUCAUGGUGAAGUACCUGGCCACGCUCGAGCGCCUGGCGCCCCGCUUCGGCACAGAGCGCGUACCCAUCUGCCGCCUGCAGCUGUUGGCCCAGGCCGAGGGCGAACCCUGCUACAUCCGGGACGGUGGGCAGUCCUCUCCAGACCCCGAGCCCCAGGCGGCUCCGGAACCCAUCACCCAUGAGGUGCUGGUGUCAGGCACUGAUGGCAUCCAGUGGCGGCUGGUACAGGCAGAGGGUCCCAGUGGUGGUGCUGGUGAUGGCAGCAGCAGCAGGAGUCCCCAUACUGGCCACUCUGGAAAGAAAGCCAAGGCCCAAGAGGGGGGCAGCCAGCCAGUGGACAGGCCUGGGGAGGCCCUGUGGACCUACUUCUGCAACUUCCAGGACAUCACCCACGUGGUGCUGAAAGAACGCCACGUCAGCAUUCAUUGUCAGGACAAGUGCUUGGAGCUGACCCUGCCUUCCCGGGCCACGGCCCUGUCCUUGGUGGCACUAGUGGAUGGCUACUUCCGCCUGACAGCUGACUCGAGCCACUACCUGUGCCACGAGGUGGCUCCUCCACGGCUGGUGAUGAGCAUCCAGGAUGGGAUCCACGGACCUCUGCUGGAGCCAUUUGUGCUGGCCAAGCUGCGGCCAGAGGAUGGCCUCUACCUCAUUCACUGGAGCACCAGCCACCUCAACCGCCUCAUCCUCACAGUGGCCCAGCGCGACCAGGCACCUGGCACGAAGGGCUUGCGCCUGCGGAAGUUCCCCAUAGAGCUGCAGGCUGAGACGGUCACGCUAGAGGGCUGGGGCCGGUCCUUCCCCAGCGUGCGGGAGCUGCGGGCUGCCCUGCAGGGCUGCUCUCUCCGGGCUGGCGAUGACUGCUUUUCCCUGGACCGCUGCUGCCUGCCGAGGCCGGGAGAGAUCUCCAACCUCAUCAUCACUCGGGGGCCUCAGGCCUGCACCAGGCCUCUCAACCUCAGCCAUCUCAGCUUCCACCGGGUCCACCAGGAAGACAUCAUCCAGCUGUCCCACUUAGGCCAGGGCACAAGGACCAACGUGUAUGAGGGCCUCUUGCGAGUGGGGGGCGGAGGCCCCGAAGAGGAAAAGUCGGAUGGCAGGGACCCCUCCCCAUCCAGUGGGGACCGUGGGCAGGAGCUGCGAGUGGUUCUCAAGGUGCUAGACCCCAGUCACCAUGACAUCGCCCUGGCCUUCUACGAGACAGCCAGCCUCAUGAGCCAGGUCUCUCACGUGCACCUAGUCUUCGUUCAUGGCGUCUAUGUGCACGGCUCUGAGAAUAUCAUGGUGACGGAGUACGUGGAGCACGGGCCCCUGGAUGUGUGGCUGCGGCGGGAGAGGGGCCAUGUGCCUCUGGCCUGGAAGUUGGCAGUGGCCCAGCAGCUGGCCAGCGCCCUCAGCUACCUGGAAGACAAGAGUCUGGUUCAUGGCAACGUGUGUGGCCGGAACAUCCUGCUGGCACGGCUGGGGCAGGCAGAGGGCACCAGCCCCUUCAUCAAGCUGAGCGACCCCGGUGUGGGCCUGAAUGCCCUCUCCAGAGAGGAGCGAGUUGAGCGGAUCCCUUGGACAGCCCCAGAGUGCCUGUCCGGUGGAGCCAACAGCCUGAGCACUGCAGCAGACAAGUGGGGCUUUGGUGCCACCCUCCUGGAGAUCUGCUUUGAUGGCGAGGCCCCCCUGCAGGGCCGCGGCCCCUCUGAGAAAGAGCGCUUCUACCAGAAACAGCACAAACUGCCUGAGCCUUCCUGCCCAGAGCUGGCCACACUCACCAGCCAGUGCCUGACCUACGAGCCAGCCCAGCGGCCAUCCUUCCGCACCAUCCUGCGUGACCUCACUCAGCUGCAGCCCCAAAAUCUUGCUGAUGUCUUGUCUGUGAACCCGGACCUGCCGACAUCAGAUCCCACCAUUUUCCACAAGCGCUAUUUGAAAAAGAUCCGGGAUCUGGGCGAGGGUCACUUUGGGAAAGUCAGCUUGUACUGCUAUGACCCGACCAACGAUGGCACUGGUGAGAUGGUGGCCGUGAAGGCCCUCAAGGCUGGCUGCGGUUCCCAGCUCCGCACCGGCUGGAGGCGAGAGAUUGACAUCCUGCGCACGCUCUACCAUGAACACAUCGUCAAGUACAAGGGCUGCUGCGAAGACCAAGGCGAGAAGUCGGUACAGCUCGUCAUGGAGUACGUGCCCCUGGGCAGCCUCCGAGACUACUUGCCUCGGCAAAAUGUCGGGCUGGCCCAGCUGCUGCUCUUCGCCCAGCAGAUCUGCGAGGGUAUGGCCUACCUGCACGCGCAGCACUACGUGCACCGAGACCUGGCCGCCCGCAACGUGCUGCUGGACAACAACAGGCUGGUCAAGAUCGGGGACUUCGGCCUAGCCAAGGCCGUGCCCGAAGGCCACGACUACUACUGCGUGCGCGAGGAUGGGGACAGCCCUGUGUUCUGGUAUGCCCCAGAGUGCCUGAAGGAGUGUAAGUUCUACUAUGCCUCCGACGUCUGGUCCUUUGGGGUCACCAUGUAUGAGCUGCUGACCUACUGUGACUCCAGCCAGAGCCCCCCCUCGAAAUUCAUCGAGCUCAUAGGCCUCACCCAGGGGCAGAUGACAGUGCUGAGGCUCACUGAGCUGCUGGAACAAGGGGAGAGGCUGCCACAGCCAGAGAAAUGUCCCCAUGAGAUCUAUCGCCUCAUGAAGAACUGCUGGGAGGCAAAGGCCUCCUUCCGCCCCACCUUCCAGAAUCUCAUACCUAUCCUGAAAACCAUCCAGGAGAAAUACCAAGGCCAGGCCCCCUCAGUGUUCAGUGUCUGCUGAAGCCUGCCUGCAGCUGUGCUUGGGGGGACUGGAGCUGAUAGUACCCACAGAGAGUGUCCUCCCUCCUGCUCCCCACCCUCAGAGGAGCCCACGAAGGGGAGGUCAGCCUCACCGACUCCCUUACCAACUCGCCUUACCCCUGUCUGGGGACCCCACUCCUGAGAGCCAACUUUCCUUGUCUUAGUCUGUUUGGGCUGCUGGAGCAAAAAGCAGCCACAGACUGGGUGGCUUAAAAACAACAGGCACUUAUUUCUCACAGUUCUAGAGGCGAGGAAGUCCAAGAUCAAGGCACCAGUGUGGUCAGAUAAUGGCAGCAGUCCUCUCCCUGGUUCAUAGCCUGGGCCUUCUUGCUGUGUCCCCACAAGGUAGAAGGGCGCAGGGAACUUUCCUUUGCCUCUUUUAGAAGGGCACUAAUUGCAUUCUGGAGGGCUUCCCCCUCAUGACCCACGUACCUCCUAAUACCAUCACAGUGGGCAUUAGGAUUUUAACGUAUGAAUUUGGGGGGACAUAGUCAUUCCAAUCACAGCACCUUCCAAGGUCAUAAGCCUGACACAGGCUCAUGAGGGACCCAGGACAAGCAAGGAGCUAUCCCGGCCCUUGAAUCUGAUCUUUUUGCCUUCCUCCACCUUCCACCCUAGGAGGAAGUAGAAGAUACUUCCACCCUUACUAUCUUCCCCAACUGGUAGUACACUCACAUUUCCUCUGCUAGAGGCAUGGUCCGUAGGCCCUUCUUCAGCAAGUGUCUGCUCUCCUGGGGACUGCAGCUAGGGCAAGAUACUCAUUGCAGAAGAAGCCAGAAUUAACUAUGUAACCUUCACUCACCUCUAGCCAGCACUUAGACCAGGGCCUGGAACACAAAAGGCCAUCAAUGUGUAUGGUAAAUAUAUCUGAAGGAUUUGAGGGGGCCCUGUGCCAUGUAGAUAAGAUUGCCAGAUUCACUUUUCCCGCUGUGUGACCUCAGGCAAGUGGCUUCCCCAAUCUGGACCUCAGCUCCCAACUCUGAACUGAGGCUGUAUCUGUCAAGUGCUUAGCAGAGAGCCAUAUAAACAAGUGCUUAAUAUACUUUUUAAAAUUUUUAUAAUGUCUUAAAAUUUCUAUGAUAUUUUAU